CGCGCAUGCGCAGUAGGUCUCGGCCAGCGGCUCUGCUGUGGAACGCUGACCGCCAUGCCCCGCGUUUACAUUGGCCGCUUGAGUUACCACGUCCGCGAGAAGGACAUACAGCGGUUUUUCAGCGGAUACGGAAAACUGCUGGAAGUCGAUCUGAAAAAUGGCUACGGCUUCGUGGAGUUCGAGGACACUCGUGACGCGGACGAUGCUGUGUAUGAGCUGAACGGGAAGGAGCUGUGUGGGGAGAGGGUGAUGGUGGAACACGCGAGAGGACCUCGGCGUGACCGGGACGGAUACGGAUACGGAGGUGGAGGAGGAGGAGGAGGAGGCGGAGGCGGAGGCGGAGGAGGAGGAGGAGGUUAUUAUGGAGGCGGCCGCAGUGGCUACAGCAGCAGGAGUCGCUCGGGCCGGGAUAAAUAUGGACCACCGGUCCGCACUGAGUACCGGCUCAUCGUGGAGAACCUCUCCAGCCGCUGCAGCUGGCAGGACCUCAAGGACUUCAUGAGGCAGGCGGGUGAGGUGACGUACGCUGAUGCUCAUAAGGAGCGCGCUAACGAGGGGGUGAUCGAGUUCCGCUCUCACUCAGACAUGCGCAGAGCUCUGGAGAAACUGGACGGAACCGACAUCAACGGCAGGAAGAUCCGACUGAUCGAGGACAAACCCCGCCGCCGCCGCUCGUACUCUGGCAGUCGCUCCAGGUCUCGCAGCCGCCGCCGUUCCCGCAGCAGGAGCCGCCGCAGCAGCCGAUCCCGAAGCAACUCCAGGUCUCGCUCAAGGUCUCGUUCUCACCGGCGCCGCUCUCGCUCCAGAUCCAAUCACAAGUCCCGUUCCAGGUCAGGGCGCAAGUCCCGCUCCAAAUCUCCCUCCAGCAAAUCUCGUUCUCGCAAAUCCCACUCUCACUCUCGCACGCAGAAAUCCCGCAGCAGGUCCCGCUCCGGCGAGCGCCAGUCUCGCUCCAAGAGCACUUCCAAAGUGAAGUCCGAGCGCGGCUCUCGUGGCCGAUCGAAAGAGAAAUCCACGAAUAAGAAAUCUCACAGUCGCUCUGCCUCGCCCGCCGAGAACGGAAACGAGGAGCGAGCCAAAUCCGCCUCGCGCUCGCCGUCCCCUCCGGCCGAGAAGAGCGGCUCGAAAUCUCCUGAGCGGCACUCGCGCUCCCGCUCUCGCUCCAAAUCUGGCUCUCGCUCCAAAUCCAGAUCCCGGUCCAGAUCCGCCUCCCAGGACUAAACCACCCACGUCACAGAGUGAAAUUCCGAACCACACAUCCUGAUCCGGCUCUUUAACCGUUUCCCAUUGGGUAGAGUAGAUGUUUUAUACGUGGCAUUAGCAGAAACCAGUGGAAUUAUGGAUCAUCUCUGUUCUGUGGAAAUGAGUAUAGAAUUAUAAUUCUUCUUAUCAUUAUUAUUAUGAAUGAACAUUCGACGAGCCGUGACCUGGAUCGCUCCACGUUUCCCGUUUUCCUGAGUCGGGUGAGGAGAGAGUGAAGCAGGAGAAGGCUAGCGAAGGCGAGCUGAUGUGUUUCUGUGGUUCUGUGAUGUUCUCUGUUUAAAAACCCGGUUUCUGCCAUGUUCACCUUAGAACUUUUUAAACCAUUUCAGUCCAUUUUUAUUCUACCUUUUAUUAAAGUCCUGACUGCUACACUCC